AUGGAGCGGCCGGAUCGCACAGAUCGGGCACCGCCGCCCGCGACCGCCACAGCAACGGCGGCUGCGCCCACGAGCACGACCUCGACCUCCUCUGGCGUCCGUGGCCUGCCCGAGAAUCCUGCUCAGGGUCGCCGGCCCGUGCCAAACUCGGCCGCCACGUCCAACGGCGCAACGGCACCGCCUCCUCCGCCCAUUCCGACCGGUAUAAGCGCUCCUCCGAAUGGAAAUCUCGCCGUCUCCAGGGCCCUCACCCCGGCACAAGUCAUCAGCCUGGCCCGCGAUGCCAUGCGUACGGCUUUGGAGAGUGAAGGCCAGACUGUUGAAGCCAGCACCGCGGGAACUGGUCUCAAAUCUGGCGUGACUGUUGACCUCAGCCGAAAGAACAUCCAGAAGCUGCCUGAAGAGGUGGUAGACAUUGUCAAGGAUGAACUUGAGCGGCUUGCUCUUUCGCACAAUCAAUUAUCGACUCUCCCCACUCGGUUUUCUGAAUGCACGUCGUUGCGCUAUCUAAACAUCCGCGGUAACCUGAUCAAGGAGUUUCCCAUGACUCUAUGCGACCUAACUUCACUAGAGAUCCUCGACCUAGGCAGAAAUCAACUGCGUUCCCUGCCAACCGAGAUUUCAAGGCUCGUCAGUCUCAAGGUCUUGUCCGUGCCCAAGAAUCACAUCCGUGAGCUACCAUUAUGUCUUGCCGACAUGGUUUCACUGCAAGUCUUGAAAUUCGAAGGAAACCCGAUCAGCUUCCCUCCCAAAGACGCGUUGCGGCUACAAGCAGCUAGUCCCUCCAAUGAAGCUAGGGAAACCGAGGUCACUGAAGUAGCCGUGACGGCCCAUAUCAAGAAGUUUAUGCGACAAUUCGCCAUCAGUGGGAGGAUAGAAGCUGAAGGUACAGGCGACGAAUCAAGCGAGAAUGCAGAGACCCCCCGAUAUCCCUUGAAGCGCGCAGCCAGUGGCCGAUUCCCGAUCAAGGUCAAUGGGUCAGAUCCUCCCGACAUACGAUCACCAAAUCCCGGCGCCAGGCCACCUCCUAUUCCUUCUCGCUCCCAUUAUCGUGGCCUCUCACAACAAAACACUGCAAUUCGUCGGCCAAGCGUAAUGCCCCUCACGAUUGGCAAUGUCAACGAACGUUUACGAAGCAACUCUGAGAGCCUAUUAAGACCCGAUCGGCCUGAUGGUCGUAACCGGCGUAUGGGCAUUCUUUCGAAGAAGACGGAGCUCGAUACCCUCGAGGAGGCGGAGCCGAAUAAUAGAUUCAGCCACUAUCGCGGUUUGAGUCAUGGGUCCGCGAUGCAAGAGACUCCGGCAGGAACGAAGAGCCCGGCCACCCCAACCGACAGUCUCUUGCAACGUCCAAUCUACGUUCGACGUUUAUCGGUCCUGCCAGAGCGAAGGCGAGAAUCAAAAGUUUACGACCCAGUCAUUGAAUCUGCCAAGGGGAUCUUGUAUUCUGUAUUCCAAAUUCACCCAAUGAUUCAGAUGCUCAUGACAUUGACCAACGACGGGUCAGCCAAAAGAUCGAGCCUUGAGAUUGUCUUCUAUAACACCAACUCUCACGUGGAAGAGCUUGAGCAAGAGAUUCAAAGAUACGAAAGCGCCAUUCCAGAGGAAGGCGAGUAUCACACCAAGGAUAACCAAAACGUGCACCGUGCAUGCCAGACGCUAGUCAGUGCAUAUGGUCAUGUUUGCACGCUACUCGCAGACAACAUUGAUACGUUUGUUAACAAUGGGGAUGCACGAUAUAUUCGGUCACUCCUCAUGUUAUUGUAUAACAGUAUAAUGGAGCUGCGGGUAACCUUGUCUUCCGUAUCUUCUCAAUCUCCUCAGGCAAUCCCGCAACUGCAAUAUGAGAGCAACAACGACACCAUCAAGCCAUACACGCAAAAUGGCCAGAUGCAAUCGGCCCCGAUGGAUAGGAACGGGCAACAGCGCAGCCGCCAAGGUACCAUACGGCACAGUCCUGCCAAUUCGAGAUCCUCUCAAGAUAACCAGGGCCCAUACAUGAGCGGCCCUCGACGGCCCAACGCCUACAUGCCCAACGAUCAAAUGGGCCAGAUGGGCCAGAUGGGCCAGAUGGGCCAAAUAAGCCAGAUGGGCCAAAUAAGCCAGAUGGGACCACAAGUUCCAGUUUACAAUACCGCCGAGGACGAUAUGCAGUUCGAGAGAAUAUUGGUUUCCCUACAGAAAUCCGCCGACAUUGUAUUGCAAGUGCUGCCUAACUUCAGCAUGCAAUUAACUGGACGGCUUCGAAACGCGGUACAACAACGAGCCCCCGAGGGCGCCCUGCGCGACCUGAAGGGCCUUAUCAACAUCUGCAACGAUGCUGUCCAGCAAAGCGAAGUGCUUAAGAAUCAGCUGGCUGUUAUGAAACGGAGAGACCCAAGCUUGCGUACUCAGCCUGGCUUUGGAGUAUUGUGCCGAAACUUCUUCUCUAGCUGGGCAAGCACAGCCGGGAUGGUCAAGGAGUUGACUAAGCGCCUCCCUCUACCACCAGACACUCGGGUGCGUUUGCGGCCAAUUCAGCAGAUGUUCAAGGACACCAGCAACUUGAUCGUGCAGUCUCCGUGGCAGCAUCUCAUUCGAGCGCCGGGCCCUCCCGGCAUGUAUCCCAGCGGCAUUCUCUCGCCAUCGAAUGUUCCGAUCACGCCCCAGAGCGCCGCCCUCGGCCCCGCGAUGCAAGCUACUGUGCCUGUGACGCCACAGAGUGCCUCAUUUGCCAGGGCAUUCCAUGGCAACGUCUUUGACCGGGCGGAUGCGCUGAUUGCCAAUCCCGGCAUCUCCAUUUCGAGGAGCGGUCCCAUGAGCCGAGGCCACUCGAACCUCAGCUCACUAUCCUCAAUAUCAUCCAUCUCUUCGGACGGGGUUCCUACGCCGUCUUCUAACUAUUAA